GUCAUCAAUAUUAUCAUCAAUAAUAUUAAUACAUUCAUAUCGUGAACGUGAACAAUCAACAAAUAUGAUUGAUUUAUUUUAUUUAAAUAAAAAUUAUGAACAAUUAGCAUUUUUUAUUGGUAAUGAAAUGUUAUCUACACUAAAAUCAUCUAAUUUAACAACAACAACAAACAAUAAUCAACUACUACAACAACAAAAUCAAACCGAAAUAGCCAUACAAAAAAUGAUACAAUCAUUAAAACAAAAAGGUUAUGAUAGUAUUGAUAAAAUUGAAUCAAUGUUGAAUGAAAAAUUGAAAUUUUUACGUUCGAAAUGUUAUCAUCAACUACGUUUAAAUCAAAGCGAACCGAAUCAAGAUUCAAAUCGAUCAUCAUCAACGAUUGAAAUGAUGAUCGAUUGUAUACGAACAUAUGAAAAAUUUUUCAAUAAUUUAGAUAUGAUUCUAUUAUUUUAUCCAAAUAUUAAUUAUAAUUAUAAUCAACAUCAAAAUAAUCAAAAUCAAACAGAUUUUAUAAUUAAUCAACAACAACAACAAACAAUAACGGAUCGUUUUACAUCAAAAUUAUCAACAACAGAUUUUUCAUUACGUAAUAUGCCAUAUAAAUUAUUUAUACAUGGUAUUAUAAAUCGUUUUAUAUCGCUUGGUUAUGGUCAAUUAAUUAUAACUAUAAUGAAUAAUAAUUAUAAUUAUAAUUAUAAUCAACUUGAACAACAACAACAACAAAAUCAAUCAAUAAAUAUAUCAGAUUAUUUUUAUUAUUAUUAUACAAGUAAACAACAAAUAGAAUCAGCAUUUAUUUGGAAUCAACGUUUUUAUCAAAAAUUUUUAGAAUUAGAACAAUCAGAAUAUCAAACAGAAUUAUUAAUAAAUCGUUUUAAUCAUUGGUUUUCAUCUAUACAACAACAAUAUUUACAAAUAAGUCAAUUAAUGAUACGAAUGUUUCAACAAGAAACAUUAGAUCGUAUAAAUAGUUAUUUAAAGAAAAAAAAUGCUGAAAGUAUUGAACGUUUAAUGUUAAUAAAUGGUACGAAUCGUACAAAAUUUAUACAAGAUCAAGAUGCUAAUAAUCAAAUUACAAUACAAAUGGAUAGUGAUUUUAUUGAAACAUUUGGUUUACAACGUAUACAAUAUUUAAUCAAUAUGGCUAAACAACAACAACAACAAUCAAUAAAUAUUGAACAAAAAAAUUCAAUUGAUAAACAAUAUGAACAAUUACAAAAAGAUCAAAUUAGAUUUCUGAUACGUUUACAAGAUUUUUUAAAUAUAUCAAUGAAUACACAUUUAAUACAAACAUUAAUACAAGAACAAACAAAUUUUAUUUAUUAUUUAAUUAUUGUUUUAAUAUUAAUUAUAUCUGUAAUUUCGGGUCUUUUACUUUAUAUUUGUAAUUGUAUUUCUUCACCGAAAAAUCAUCAUAAUCGUUGUUGUUGUUGCUCGAAUCAUUCUCAAACAAAAUCAAUAUUUAAUAAUAAUAAUCGUCGUUGGUUAUUUGGUCGACGAAGAUUAUUCUGGAAUCUAUCAACAUCAACAACAACAUUUAAAACAUAUUUUUCAUCAACAGCAAACAAUCAUCAACAACAACAACAACAAAAUAGAAUUGCCACCAAUAAUCACUGUUGCUGCUGUUGUUGUUGCAAUCACUCAGUACAAAUACAAAACAAAGUACAAGUAAUCCAGAUACAUUAUCAACUAUAG